UCUUCAUAGCCAUCCAACACCAAUUUUAUUUAUUUAUUUUUUGUUCUCUCUUCUCUGCUUUAAAAAAAAAAAAAAAAAAAAAAAACUCAAAAUCUCAUUUCCGAAAAAAACUUCACCAAAAAGCUUUACUUACAAUCUCCAUGGCUGUUUCAAUAUCCACCAACCUUACUCAACUACUCUUCUUCACCAUUCUCCUCAUCCUGGUUUCUUCUUCCUCAGCUAGACUCUUCCCGGACACUGUACCGGCUCUCAAUCUCGUGCUUCCUGGAGAAAACCACGUUGUCGCGGGUUUAUCAUCAUCAUCAUCGGAGAAAGAUAUGGGUCGGAAGGUGGCUCUACCGUGUAAUAUGGAAACCUACGGGAAGCAGGGAAUGGGUUUCCAACCUCUGAGACUUGGUGGAAGGAAGCAUUAUGGAUCUUUGGUCCUCAACAUGCUUCCCAAAGGGCCGGUGCCAUCAUCUGGUCCAAGCAAAAGGAUCAACGGCAACAAGAAUUAGAGAUAUCAGUCUCUCUCUCUCUCUCUCUCUCUCUCUCUUUGUAUUCGGAAUUCUGAAAUAUACGCCAAAAAGAGUUCAAGGUCAUCAAUGGCUGCGCGCUUCUACCUGGUUUCAAUCAUUAAGAUUGGUUAUUCUUUUUUGGUUUGUUUGUUUUUUUCACUUUUUUAGCUGGGGAUAUGUGUAAAUACCCAUUACACAGUUAUAAGACUUUUGUAUACUUUAGAGAUAGGUGAUUAAGGAGUUUGAUUUUCGUUCUUGUUGAAUACUAUUUUCUUUAGCUUUGUUGAAAGAUUUAAAAAUAAAUAAAUCAAUACAAUUUAUAAUUACAUGAA